GUAAGCCUCUCUGCUUUGGAUGAAUCAGAAUGUCCGGCAAUUACCGACUACUGGUGGAAAAUGCCAGACAGGUGGUUCUGGUCUGCGACGGGGGGGAGAAAUACCUGACGAAGCCAGGGAUGCAAAAUCUGUGUGUGAUUGAAAACGGGAGCAUUGUAAUAGGGAGCGACGGGCUGAUUAAGGCUGUGGGGCCGGCAGAAACCAUCAGAGCCCAGUAUUCAGAAGCAACGUUUGAUAAAGUGAUCGAUGCUACAGGAAUGUGUGUCCUGCCUGGUUUGGUUGAUGCCCACACCCACCCAGUCUGGGCUGGUGACAGGGUGCACGAAUUUGCAAUGAAGCUGGCGGGUGCCACCUACAUGGACGUGCACCGGGCCGGCGGAGGGAUCCACUUCACGGUGGAGCGCACCCGAGCUGCCGCAGCCCCGGACCUUCUGGCCUCCCUCAGCAGCAGGUUGGUUCGGAUGCAGCGAGCGGGCACCACCCUGGUGGAGUGUAAGAGCGGCUACGGCCUGGAGCUGCAGACCGAGCUCAAGAUGCUGGAGGUGAUCGAGGGGGCCAGACGCAGCCUGCCCAUCAACAUCUCCUCGACUUACUGCGGAGCCCACGCAGUGCCCAGAGGGAAGACUGUCGCAGAAGCCACAGAUGACAUCCUGCGGGUGCAGCUGCCACGGCUGAAAGAGCAGAUGUCUGCCGGGACCCUCAGGGUCGACAACAUCGACGUGUUCUGUGAGCGGGGAGUGUUUGACCUCAGCUCCACUCGCGCCAUCCUGCAGGCUGGCAAAGAAAUGGGCCUCAACAUCAACUUCCACGGGGAUGAGCUUCAUCCCAUGAACUCUGCGCAGCUGGGAGCGGAGCUUGGAGCCAUAGCCAUCAGCCACCUGGAGGAGGUCACCGACGAGGGGAUCAGUGCCAUGGCAAAGGCAAAAACCGCUGCAGUGCUUCUACCGACCACAGCCUACAUUCUCCGGCUGCCCCAGCCUCGGGCCAGAGACAUGUUGGAGGCCGGAGUAAUUGUUGCCCUCGGCAGCGACUUCAACCCCAACGCCUACUGCUGCUCCAUGCCGAUAGUCAUGCACCUGGCCUGUGUCAACAUGAGGAUGUCCAUGCCUGAGGCGCUGGCCGCGGCCACCAUCAACGCCGCCUACGCCCUCGGGCGCUCCCACACACACGGCUCCCUGGAGGUCGACAAACACGGAGACCUGGUGGUCCUCGCCGCCACACGGUGGGAGCAUCUGAUCUACCGGCUCGGCGGACACCAGGAGCUCGUCCGCUACGUCGUCAUCAAGGGCAGCGUCGUCUACGACAACGACACUAAUGCGGACCUGUAGCCCGACGAGGAGGCCGCUGCCCGCCGAUCCAGACGGACGAGAGGUGCGGUCACGGCAAGACCGACGGCGCAAAUGGGGCGUGUAUUCGGCUGAAUGCUCGCAGUUUCGUAAAAGCUGGGUACAGUCCUGGGAAACAGGACGGAAAUCUGGGGUGGACUGUGUUGACAACCUGUUUUUUGUUUUGUUUUGUUUAACUGUGUAAUUAAAGAGUAAAUAGGGGAGAACAGCCUCACAUACCUCAUACAAUCAUCCGUAUAUAUAAUAUACAGUUUGUAGUUUCACUCAUUAGAACAAACGUUAUCCUGGUGUGUGGGAGAAAAUACAAUAUAAUAAAGGGGCAUGUUUAAUCAUUAUGAUUUUAAUUAUAAGGCUGUAACAUACUGUGGCUGUUCUCUCUCUCUCUCCCUUUGUUCCUCCUUCAUUACACAAUAGGAACAAAAACUUGUAAACAAACUCCGGUUUUCUUUCUUUUUGUACCCUGGAGUAUUUACAAUCAUCAUUUAUAGUAUCAUUUUAUUUUUUUUCCUCUCCUCUAAAAUGACCAGUUGUCCCUGGUCAUUGUUGUAAUGGUCUUUGUUUUUUCCUCCACUGUACUCACAUUUGAACACCAGCAGAAACCGGUGAGUAUUUUAUUGUACUUGACCGGUACAACGAAGUUACACGGCCAGUGGCUGUACCUGGGAAAAAAAAGUUU